CCUUGUUUUGUUUGGGAGUAUGAGCGGACUGUCCCAAACCCACUGUCCUCUGCUCUAACCUGGGCUUUACCUCACAUUUAUCACCACCUGGUUGUUCAGGACAUGUCCACGGAGCUGUUCCACGCAGGUUCAGACGGAGCAGUGACUUCAGCUUGAUUUCAUCCCGACCUGAGACACCUGUUGCUCCAGUUUCGACAGACAGACAGACAGACAGGUGACGAGUGGGAGCAGCUCCGACACAACACCGAAACUCUGCCUCCUCAUUCUGCCUUUUACUCUUUUAUUAAGGGCACGUUUUGGGAUUUACAGCGGCCAUGAAGGUCACAGUGACGUUCGGGGACACGGCGGUGGUCGUCCCGUGUAAAGUUGGAUGGACCGUCCGGGAUUUAAUCGACCAAGCCACGCGCAGAUACCGGAGGAUUUUAGAGCAGCAUGGCCCCAGUGCAGUGAAGACCCACCACUUGGAAUACAGUGACGGAGGAAUCCUGGACAUGGACGACCUGCUCAUGGACCUAGUGGAGGACAGAGAGAAGCUGGUGGCGGUGUUUGAAGUCGAGCGUGACAGGGCGGACAGUCCACGAGACAGCAUGUCCAACGGGUACUCCAGCUCCAGUCCCACCCCAGACACACUCCACUACUAUUCCCACCUGCAGUACCAGGAUCGGGGCCGUGGAGAAAUCGAAGUGAAUGAAGCCAUCCUCAAAGCAAAUACACCUCUGUUGGUGAGGAGCAGCAGUGACUCGGCCUUGGCCCCCCUCCAUGAGAUGACACCCACACCCCCACCUGAAGAUGGUAGGAAUGGGACACCUGAACUGGAAGUUAACAAUGCACUGAAAGGAGCGUUGGACCGACUGCGAGCUGACACCCCCCCUGCCAAGAUGAGCCAGGUUAACCACAGCACCCUGACAAGGACCGUGGAGUUUCCAGGUGACCAGGGGCCUCUGGGUAUUCAUGUGGUCCCGUACUGCUCCUCUCUCAGCGGACGGACUCUGGGUCUUCAUAUUAAGGGCAUUGAGGAAAACAGUCGCUCCAAGAAAGAACAUAUCUUCCAAGAGGAUGAAUGCAUCGUGCAAAUCAACGAAACACCGCUGCAGGACAAGACCUUUGCACAAUCACAGGAGAUUUUCCGCCAAGCCAUGUCCUCACCUGUGGUGCGUCUGGAAGUUGUCCCCGUCAGCAAUAAGUCCCGCUACGAGAAGAGCCUGAUAGGUCAGCUUUUCACCGGCGAUGCCAAAGACACCAAAGGCAGGAGUCCAAUGGUGCUCCGAUCCAAACCCGACCCCCAGCUGAACCCCAAACCUGAACUGAAGCGACCAGAUGCGCGCUCCAAAACCCCAGAUCCAGCUCCAGUAAACCCACCACAAGCGGAGCUCCACUCUAGGCCUGGAUCCUUAGAAGGAGGCUCCCCCACACCUCCAGCCAGGGCUGCAAGCUCCUCCCCGACUCCCCGGAGCCAGAACCAAAGCCCCCAGACCAGCAGGAGCCCGGUGAUGUCCAGCCUGGCCAACCUCACCAACAGGAAGGGCGGCAAGAGGAUUAAGAUCGACCUGAAGAAAGGCACUGAGGGUCUGGGCUUCACCGUGGUAACGCGGGACUCCUCGGUCCACGGGCCCGGGCCAAUCCUGGUGAAAAACAUCCUGCCACGUGGUGCGGCAAUUAAAGAUGGCCGCCUGCAGCCAGGUGACCGCAUCCUAGAGGUGAACGGAGUAGACAUGACAGGCCGUAGCCAGGAGGAACUGGUAGCCAUGCUGCGCAGCACCAAGCAGGGAGAGUCUGUGUGUGUGGUCGUGGCACGGCAAGAGGACAUGUUCCUGCCUCGAGAGCUGAAAGGUGACGAUGUGAGCAGCCUGGUUUUGGAGGACGGCAGGGAGCAGCUCAUGUACGAGAUCCCCCUCAACGAGACGGGCUCCGCUGGCCUCGGGCUCAGCCUGAAGGGGAACAGGUCCAGAGAGACCGGAGAGGACCUGGGCAUCUUCAUCAAGUCCAUCAUCCACGGAGGGGCCGCGUAUAAGGACGGCCGACUGAGCAUCAACGACCAGCUGAUAGCGGUAAACGGAGAAUCUCUGCUCGGACGCUCCAACCACGCUGCCAUGGAAACGCUGAGACGCUCCAUGUCGUCAGAGGGCAACGCCAGGGGAACCAUCCAGCUCGUAGUUCUCCGAGCCUCCAGACAGAUGACCACCUCCAACCCCGCCACAAGCAACUCCACCUCCACCCAUCAAAACAACCCCCAGCCGGGCUCCAGCAAUCAGAAUCCACAAGGCUACCAUGGACCCUCAGGACUCUCCAGGCCCCCAAACGUCGACAUCCCACGGAACGAUGCAAAUCACACUCCACCGAUGACGAACAACAACAACUACAGCAGCUCUGGAAGUGCUCUGCACCCCGCCGUGGCCGCCAACGGCAGCUACGGUCACUACGGCAACAACGACGAGGAAUUAGAGGAUGGCUUCCCCCCGCCGCCGUCCCCAGGCUCUGUGGAGGAAAUGAGUAGAGACUUAGCGCUUACACCCCCACACCACAGUGAGUUUCAGAAGCCACCUCGCACAGACGCACAACUGGCCAAUUUCUACGACAACACACCUCGCAACAGAGCGUCUAAGAGCAUGGAUCUGGUGGCCGACGAAAGCAACAUUGCAUCACUGGUCGGCCAAGGCAGCGAACCCUCUGGCAGCGGUGCGCUCGGUCCGACCCUGGGCCUCUGGAAGUCCAGCUCCCUGGAGAGCCUCCAGACGGCCGUCUCGGAGGCCAGACAGAGCCACAUCCAAGCCCAGGUGCCCUUUCACCGGCCCCGCCCACACAUGGUCCGGGGUCGGGGAUGCAACCAGAGCUUCCGAAACGCCAUCGAUAAGUCGUACGAGGGACCCUCUGAAGAUGACGAUGACAUGUCAGAACAUAGCUCCGGUCACGAGACGCCUGCCAGCAGCUCGUCUCGCCAGGGCCUGGAUGCAGACGACGGCAAGAAGAAGAAGAAAACCAAAGGGAAGAAGAAAGACAAAAAGACCAAAGCGAAGAAAAAAACAGACGAUUCUGUGGAGGAUCCGGACAAAAAGACCAAAAAGAAAGGAUUUGGCCUCUUGAGGUUUGGAAAGAAGAAGGAAGAUAAGAGCAAAGAUGCUGCCAAAGCAUCAAAAAGCAAACUUGAGGCUCUGAGUGAAGAGGAGUUGGACAGGAUCCCCGACACCAGGGACAGCUCUGAUCCACGCUACACCGAGAUCCACCCGAGUCGUCUGACCCCCGACCCAGCUUCGCUCCCUGACGUGGAAGACGAUGACAGCGACCCCAACUACGCCCGCAUCAACAACUUCCGCCAGCCGCCCUCACCCCAACCGUUCAUCAGCCGCACACCUUCACCUGCCGCCGUGGUAGCGGGACCCAACCCGAUCCACGCUUCUGCCGAGGACCUGGAGGGGCUUUACGCCAAGGUCAACAAGACCAGACCCCCACCUGGCGUCCAGCAGAAUCUGAACCAGGCCGACAGUGAUCAGCGUCUCCAGGGCUUGCGUAGGGAGUAUCAGCAGGCCCGAGCUGUUCCAGGCUAUGAUGAGCUCGACGCCGCACGCCGCCGAGUCCUGGAGUAUGAUCCACACCGGAUGGCCCCCAGAGGAGCUGAAACCCGGCCUACGCACCACUACGAGGAAAUAGACCGACAGUAUCCCACACACCCCAGGAGGGAUCCGUAUGAUUACCCAUCAUCCAGACCUGCACCCAGAGACCCGGGCUACUACCACGACCCCCCAUCCUCCAGCCACUCUGGCCGUCUGCCACUGCCCCAGUCCCAGGAGCGCUACUACCCCUCGUCUCCACGCUCGGGGCAUCAACACCGCGCCGCCACCAGGCAGGACGUCCCCCCGUCUCCGUCAACACCUCAAAGAGGGCGCCAUCACUACGAAGCAGUCCGAGGGGACGGGUACCGCCAGGCCAGCCCGGGCCGCUACACCAGCCCUGACAGGUACCAAGGCAACAAGGAGCGUUACGCCAGCCCCGACCGCUACGGCUACGCAGACGAACGCCAACCGGACCCACGGCGGAAGAACCCCAUGAUAGGUGCAGUGUAGAAGGUAGCUUUAAGUCACAUGCCCCCAAAAAAAGCGAGGUGAACUCUAGUCAACCCCAUGAGGUAUAUAAAUAGCGCAUGUUUCCAAAUUUGUGAAACAUAAUAUCAGCUGUCAGCAAGAUUGCCAAUGUGGAUAAGUGAGAUUUUUCCAUUUUAAUUUGUAGGAUCAGCAAGUGAAAGCAGAAAGUGACAACCUGAGAGGCUAAAAUGAGGCUUACUUCCAAACCAUCUGGUCACGAGUAAGUCCACAAGCCAAGGCAGAUUUAAUAAGAAUUUAUAUGAGUGUGUAUAUAUAUCUACAGAUGAAACCACUUAUGUAUUUUUCCAAGAGUACUAAUGUAUAUAACAGCUGGAUAUUUGAUUCCCAGACUUUAUAUAUAGAAUUUAUAUUAAAUUAAGGGCAACUAAAUGAUAUUACACAUCCAUAAAGAGUAGAAUUAAAGCAGUAUGUUGUACAGAAUAGAGUCUAAGUCUAAGGCAGCACUGACUGAUACAAGCUGAAGGAAAUAAAGAGGGGAUCACCUUGACCUGUAAUAUGAGACACACAGGAAGUUAAAGUAGACAAACAGGAAAGGGAAGGCAGACUCCCACCUUUACAGUAUCUUCUCAUCCUUGUUGUUUUGUCACUUGGACUUCCUUUACAUUGUGUCUUUUUUUUUUUAAUGACUGGAUUUGAUGAUUUGUAUAUUUGUUAAUUUUCUAUGUGAGUCAUGUUUUUGUGGUGUUUCUAAUAAACUGUAUACAGCCUCGACGCACAUUAAACAAGCUGUAACUGUAUUCUACGGCAACAUAUCACUGCGUAAAGUCAAUGCACUGAAAGCACACGGAAUGUGGUUUGAUUCAAACACGCUGUCAAAUACGUGCAUGAUUUUUUUAUAUACAUGUUUUUGCAUUAAAUAUUUAGAACCUCU